AUGAAGGCGGCUCAGGCCGCGGGCGAAGAGGCGCCGCUCGGCGAGCGGUCCGUCAAGGUGGUCCUGGUGGGCGACGGCGGCUGCGGGAAGACGUCGCUGCUGAUGGUCUUUGCCGAGGGCGCCUUCCCCGAGGGCUACACCCCCACGGCGUUUGAGCAGCUCACCGUGAAUCUGCACGUGAAGGACAAACCCGUGCACCUCCAAAUCUGGGACACAGCAGGGCAAGUCGACUACGACCGCCUGCGGCCCCUGUUCUACCCUGACGCCAGCGUCCUGCUCCUCUGCUUUGACGUCACCAGCCCACACAGCUUUGACAACAUCUCUAACCGGUGGUACCCGGAGGUGAAUCACUUCUGCAAGGAGGUGCCCAUCAUCGUCGUGGGCUGCAAGACUGAUCUGCGCAAGGACAAGUUGCUGGUGAAGAAGCUGCGGAAAAAUAGGUUGGAACCUGUGACCUACCACAGGGGCCAGGAGAUGGCACGGGCCGUGGGCGCCGUGGCCUACCUCGAGUGCUCAGCUCUGCUCCAGGAGAACGUCCACACCAUCUUCCAGGAGGCGGCCAGUGUGGCCCUCAGCAGCCGCCGUCGCAACUUCUGGAGGCGGAUUACCCAGAGCUGUUGUUUGGUGACCUGA